CUUCGUCCACUCAAUCUUCUGGGACACAAUUUCAAUGGCAUUACUGCUAGUAGGAGCAGCACCCAUGGCUUCUCUAUCAAUGGCGGCUCUCGCUCCAACUCUCUCCUUUUCUAGCUCCCGUUCACUCACCGGCGGUUCUCUUCGGAUGACGUCAUCGACGUCAUUGUCUUCCUCCGUCACCGCUCCUAGCCUUCCAUUGAUCUACUGUGGAAGAGGAGAUAAGAAGACGGCCAAAGGAAAGCGUUUCAAUCACUCAUUUGGAAAUGCGAGGCCGAAGGACAAGAAGAAGGGGAGAGGACCGCCUAGGAUUCCGCCUCCACCUGCAGCAGCACCGAAGAAGAAUCCGCUUGAUGAUGGUCAGAAGGUUAAAAUUGAAAUUGACGAGUCUUUGAGCUGAUGAUUCAGAUGCAUUUUCUGAGUUUAUUUCAGUAGUAAUUUCUGGUUAUAUAUAUGGAACUGAUGCUUUGCUUGUUAGUCUUGUUGCUUAAUUGAAACUGUGACUAUUCAUUGACCAAUCUGCAAAUUUUAGAAUUCCAGUUCCUAUGCAUCAGAGAGAAGUUCAACAUCAUUUUCUAACUUUGAA